AUGGCAGGCCCCUCAGAAUCGCCGUUGAUGAGGCAGACUGGCGCUUCAACAAUCUCACCCAAGCCCAGGUAUACGCUAUCCGUGAUGGUAGCCUCGAAUGAGGCCGCGUUCCAGGGUAUCGAGAAAGCCAUGUUCUACCGCAUCUGCCGCCUACUCACCCUUAAUAUUCAACUCAUUUUCGUCUUUGAUGGCCCCGGCCGUCCUUGGAAGCGGGGAAAAAGGGGCGGAGGCAAGAUCGACUUUGAGAAACGACGCCUGCUCCAGCAAAUGCUCACCUGCUUCGGCAUACCGUACCACGAAGCGCCGGGAGAGGCUGAGGCUGAGUGCGCUCGCUUGCAAAUCCUAGGCAUUGUGGAUGCUGUCUGGUCCCAGGACUCGGAUUGUCUCAUGUUUGGCUGCACUCUAUGGAUACACGAUGAUCGGGUUGCCAAGGAGAAGGGGAACACCGAUCGGUCGAAAGAGAACACGAAGAAGAAUAACAAGUUUGUUCGAGUCGUGGAGUCUCGUCAGAUGGAAGAGAAAUUUGGCCUGGAUCGAGAAGGUCUAGUCCUCUUUGCUAUGCUAUCUGGGGGCGACUAUCAGACAUCUGGUCUUCCUGGAUGUGGUACUGCUACAGCUAUGCAUGCUGUCAAGAUGGGAUUAGGACGGGCUCUUUGCUCGUGUCGAAAUCAGAGGGACUGUAGCGUCUGGAGCGCACAGCUAGCUGAGUUUCUAAGAACGACCCCGCGCGCGAAGCACAUAUUUGUCCCUGCGAACUUUCCCGACUUUAAGAUCCUACAAAAGUAUUACAACCCCAAGGUUUCCAGCGAUGAGGUGCUCCGUAGCAGCUCGAGGCUCAACCUAGGCUAUGAGCGUCCCAUCCAAGAACUCAAACUCUUGGAGGUGACAAGCUCACGCUUUAACAUAUGGGGAAGGAGAUACAUGGACUGGGUUGGCCCGGUUCUACUGACGAAGCAUAUGUCCCAAAGAAACCCAGCAUUGCCCCGCGAGGUCAUCCACAAUAUCAAACUUACCAAACGGCGGGUGAAGAAGGACAACGAUCAGCCGGCAACGCGCAGUUUCGAGCGCAAGCUCACCUUCUCACCUUUUGGUGUUACUAGCCUGGGACGAGCAGACUUUGAGGGGGAUCGAUUAGGCUACUGGAAUGGGGACAGAGCUUCUUUGUUCGAUCCCGAGUAUCGAGUCGAAUGUGAGAUACCAGACUACUGGCUUCAAAAGGCGCUUCCACAUGAUGUGCUGGACCCUCCUCCGGCAGUGCCAAACCGCCGAACUCCUAAGCGCAGACAACAAACAGAUGGCGAUGCGCAAGCCAAUGAAACACCUAUUGCAACAAAGCGAAGACGCAAACAUAACGGAGACGAUCAAGUUACCAGCCAGGUUCUGCCCAGCGCUUGCUCAAGCAACUCCUUGAAGGAUAUGCCACAUUCCCAGGCUUCGACAACACCCUCUAGACCAGGCAAUCAGCAGUCCACCGUAAGAGAGAAGAUUCUCAUCGAGCUUUCCGAUUCAGAGGAUGACAACGCACUUCGUCUUCCGAAUAGAGUCCGCUCCCAAAACCCAACUUCAAUACGAUCAGCCAUCUCUCAGAUUGUUGACCUCGGCUCGCCCGAGCCAUCAGAGGAUGAAGAGAACUGGUCAAUCUAUGAUCAUGGGAACAAAAAUACGCCAUUUAGCGCACCAAUCCUUGUGGAAACUUCACUUGCUGAGACGGUCGAGAAAGAAGACCGGGAUCUCCAGUUAGCGCUCAGAUUGAGCAUGCAAAAGCAACAAAUGUCCCCGUUCUCGUCACUUUCACACGAUGUGCUUGAUGGGACCUAUGCGCGGGAAGUUUCAAGGAGCGCAGCGAAUAGCCUGAUGCAUUCAGAGUCGCCUAGUUUAAUGUCCUUACCGACCAAUUCAGCUUCAAUGCCCGCCGGAUCUUCUCAGCAAAUACGCAAGGUCCUGCCACACGAGCCAGGCAGCUCUGAAAAAUCUACUGUCCAUAACAUCAUGGCACUAGCACCUGCAGACUCUUCGCAUUGGACAUUGAACUCUCCUACAAUCCCGACGAUGUUGGCAUCAACAUCAAGUACCCCCGCUAGCAUCCGCGCUGCGCGCCUCCGACACUUUGCAGCAAACUCUGACAUGACCACUACCACUCAAAUGGCCAUAGCGAGCCCACCGCCGAAGCCGACACCAAGCAAACUUUCCGAGGCAGCUUUCCACGUUCCAGCUGGGGCUAAUUGUAUCGAUCUAACGGGCGAUUGA